AUGCCAAAAGAUAAAAAGUCAAAAAAAGCAACGAGCGCGUGCAUCGGAUGUCAAAACUUACACAGAAGAUGUAAGCAUAUUGAAGGCAAUGAAAAAUGUGAUAGGUGUUUAAUAAGCGAUAAACCCUGUGCUUAUUCCGCGCGAAGAAAAAAGCGCGGUCCUCGAUCCCGAAGAGACAUUCACGAGAAUACUCAAAGCAUAUUAUAUAUGCCUAAUUUGGAAGACUUCAUCACCGAUAUAGAAUCGUUUGCCGUGCCGUCAGGGAUGAUUCAAGGGAAUACUCAAAGCAUAUUAUAUAUACCUACUUUGGAAGACAUCAUCACCAAUAUAGAAUCGUUUGCCGUGCCAUCAGAGAUGAUUCAAGGGAAUACUCAAAGCAUAUUAUAUAUUCCUAAUUUGGAAGACUUCAUCACCGAUAUAGAAUCGAUUGCCGUGCCAUCAAAGACGAUUCAAGAGAAUACUCAAAACAUAUUAUAUAUGCCUAAUUUGGAAGACAUCAUCAUCGAUAUAGAAUCGUCUGCCGCGCCGUCAGAAAUAAUUCAAAUAACGGACAGUGAAUCCAUACAACGCGGCCCGCAACCCCGAAACCGAAGAAAAAUUCACGAAAGUGUUCGACUACCGACCCCAUUAAACAUUCUGUUGGAUAAAUCUAAUUUUUAUGACAUCAUAGAUGAAAUAGAAUUAUGUAAUGCACCGACAGAGGCGGAUAACGAGUUCUUGCAGUGCUUUCCGGAAAACUUCAUCUCUGAAUUAUUGGCCGUGACAUCAACGCCUUGUCCUCAAAGACAAAACGUUGAGCAUGUGUGCCACAGAGGAUGUGUCAUUCGACCUGCGGAUGAGAUCGUAGUGGAUGACAGAAUAUACAGUAUGAAUCAUAACAAAAAAUAA